GCUCGAUCGGUUUUUGAUUACACUCCCCUGAGCUAGGUAGGGCCUUGCCUCUGAUGGGAGUUGAGAGUACAUUAUACUACGUUACAUUAUCCAUUUUUUUGCUGUCUUCGGUCUGAACCACUUUCGUAAACCAUGGCGGACGAAGAAUUGGAGGCCCUUAGGCAGUCAAGAAUGGCGGAACUACGGGCAAAACACGGGGAUGCCUCAAAUAAUCAGCAGGGAGAGGAGGCCAAACAAAGAGAAACAGAAAUGAGAAAUACUAUAUUGGCUCAAGUCCUCGACCAGUCUGCCCGUGCAAGACUGAGCAAUCUUGCUUUGGUGAAGCCUGAGAAGGCUAAUGCAGUUGAAAACUAUCUCAUUCAAAUGGCUCGAUUCGGAAAGUUAGGAGGAAAGAUUUCAGAGUCGGGCUUGAUCGAGAUUCUAGAAAAAGUCAGUCAGCAAACGGACAAGAAGACGACUGUCACAUUCAAUAGGCGGAGGGUGCUGGACUCAGAUGAUGAGGAAGAUUAAUAACUUUGGACGGGAGCCCUGGAACGACCCAAGAAAUCGGGAGAGGAUAUGCUUUACUGGGACUCUGAUAGCAUCUUUGACUAGCUGAAUACUGGGAUGCCACACUUGCUUCUGUGUGUCUCUGGAAAGUACAUACCAAGAGGGAAGAGCAGCAAAGUGGAGCCGACCUUGUGAUAUAAGUGUUGGGGGGUAGAAUACACUCAGUGUCAAAUAAGGUGUUCUUUUGCAAUCAAGUUGCAACAAAUGUGCACUGCUUGUGUUGUAUCCCUGACAGCUCAUGGCACUGUUUGACUCCUCUACUCCCUCUCGGUAGUUAUUCUACUACUACGUUUCUUUAUUUUCACCAUGGUCGACUUCUGUUCCUUCAAACAUAAGAAGCUAGAUAAAAUGCAAAACCUACACUGUUGAUGUGUUAUAUCUAGACUGUUCUGGGAAUACAUUGUUCUCGAUUCAAAGUCUGCAUCACAUUAGAUGUUACACUUUUUUCUUUUUGCUGAAAUCAAAAGUUUACAUGAAAACAAAAAAAAAGGCCUUAAAUUCUAGUUCUAGUUUGUUUUUCUAGUGUACCAUUUAUGAAAUUAUUUGUUAUUGUAUGAAUACGGUUUCCAUUUGGGGUUUUUACACAAUUUAUGUUCCAUUCGGUCCACAGUUGUGACUAUGCUCAACACAAGAAUAGGAAACUUUGCAGCAUCUACACACUGUAUCUUCAUCAUUAGAGAAAUGAAAAAAUGACUGUUUCUUUAUAGAUGACUGACAUUUUUUUCUCAAUUGCCAAUCUCAUAUUUUGGAUUUCAUUUCAGAAACAAGAGUUAACAGAUUCCCAAAUGUAUCCAACUACUUUUGAAAUAAAAAUGUUGAAGAAGGAA